GCGGUGCAUGGACAUCAAGAUGAACGGACGGCGUAUUUACGUUCUUUCCUGGCGGACGAAUGCAGCUGCUGCGCUCGCUGCUGGUACUGGCCACGGUGCUGGUUGCGACGGCGCGCGCCGACGGCAACGCGACGACGAGCGUGCCGCCGCCGAUGACACCAACACCGACGCCGGCACCGACACCUGCGCCGACGCCCGCGCCCACGACCAAGGCGCCCGAGCCCACGCCCACGACCGUGGCGCCGACCACGGUCGCGCCGACGACAGCGGCGCCAUCGACCAAAACACCGGAGCCAUCGACGACGGUGGCGACGACGACGCCGCCGAGCACCACGACAUUGAAGCCGUUGACACCGGCGCCGGUUGUCGUGACGCCGACCGAUGCGCCGAUCGUGGCCAGCAGCUCGGGCUCCAACGGGCACUCGACGACGACGAAAGCACCGUCCGCGACCAAGAAUGGCACGACGACAGCCACCGACGACAGUAACUCGUCGACCGUGACGAUCAUCGUCGUUGGCGCCGUCGCAGCCGUCGCAGUCCUCGGUGGCCUCGUCGCGUUCCUAAUUCUGCGCCAGCGCCGCAUGACCGACGACGACGACGACAUGAUGACGGCCCGCGGGUACAAGUCCGAGUUUGGUCGGUCGACGUAUGCCGGCGAGUACGCGAUGAAGGCGCUGCCAGCGCCGCCGACAGACGUCUAUACAUCGUCGCAGGCGGCGGGCCCGAGCCGCUUUGACUACCCCAACGACAAUAACAUCGUCUUCCACCAGCAACACCACCACCAACAAGGUACCAUCAACAACGGCCGCAACAACGAGUAUGCGGACGUACCACCGAUCUCCAUGUCGAUGCUGGAAGCUGACGUCGGCACGAGCUUCUUCACAUGGGACUCGCGCGGCACCGACAGCCAUGGGCAAAUGCCCGACGACGUGGCCAGCGACCACGGCUCGUAUACAAGCGACAUCACCGGCGGAUACCGGGCGUCGUCGCCGGGGCGGUCGACCAACCCGUGGCAGUUUUCACUCGACUCGUCGGCCGCCGCGAUGCAAACGGACCGCACGAUGCCCAACAACGACUCGUUCCUCUCGGCGCGGUCGUCCGAAGAGCGCGACUCGGCGCUCUCGGGUCGCUCCAGUGACGACCGCGCGUUCACGUUAUAAGCACUUCUUUAGUACGGUGCAAAGAUAUGCCUAUGUCCUUUGCGUCGACUUGCUUGCA